AGACAAUUGUAAAUAUGAGUACAGUACUGUACAGUCAAUGGACAAGUUAGCAGCUGUAGGUGUGGGGGAGAAAUGAUGAAAGUUUUACGAGGUGGCCGCACUCUUCGAUGGCUUAUGAUGCUUCUGGGAUUAGCAAUUUUUUACAUCCUCUUCCAAGGUUUGAUAUUACGCAUUCUUAGCAAGGACUCAAAGAGACGGCUGAAACUAUUGGAGGAGCAGGCUGCGUUGGAAUUUGCUGUGCCCAGAGGUGUUCGCGUGGAAGAUAAAGAAGUCUAUCGUCCUAAGUCAGUACGUGGCUUUCGUUGCCUUGAUGGCUCUAAGUACAUACCGUGGAAAAACAUCAAUGAUGAUUAUUGUGAUUGUACAACUGAUGGUUCUGAUGAACCGGGCACAUCAGCAUGUGAGAAGGGAAGGUUUUUCUGCAUAGGAAAUGGAGAAUAUAUUGUAGCGAGCAGAGUGAAUGAUGGGAUAUGCGAUUGUUGUGAUGGUACUGAUGAAUGGGAUAGGCCGUUCAGCCUUAACAAGGUCAAAGGAAAUCCUGUUGUUGAAGGUUUAGAAAUUUCACCCUGUAGGAAUUUUUGUAAAGACUUGAUUGAUCACAAGUAUGUGAAUGCUCAACAGAGACUUGGUCUGCGACUCAAGAGGAAAUACAUUCUGGCUGGGAAAGAACACACAAAUGGCAUUUAUGGAAAAGAAGGAGAAUUCUACAAGUUGAGUAAAGAAUGCUUCCAGUAUAGUACUGCUAAGAGCAAGUAUGUGGUGUGCCCAUACAGAUAUGUGAGGGAGGAUAAUGGACAGUUCUUUUAUAACAUGGGUCGUAGGACCGUAUUCGAGGGAAAGAAGAAAGAUGGAACUAAUGUCAUUAUGAUGGUGAAUGGUGAUUCCCGGCAUUGUCCUGGAGAAAUACAAAGGAAGACGCAAGUAGAAUAUAUAUGCGGACUCAAUGAUCAUGUAAUCAAUAUUCAUGAGGAAAGACCAUGUAUUUACACCUUACGAUUCAGUACUCCUGCUGGCUGUUAGAGACUCCCAACAAUGGUGCGAGGAAUAUGUGAACAAGCAUGUUUUUACAUGAUUCAGUACUACAUCAUCAAUGGACCAAGUGAGGAAUAUUUCAUGAAGAACAAGAACUUUGACCUGUAUUGGGAAGGAAGACCUUUCCUUUUUACCACCAGAGUCAAAGUUCAUAUUACUGUACUGUAACAACCAGUUAAAUGCGCCCAGCACAAUAUUACUUCUUUUCGUAUCGUGCCAGUUUAUCUUAUGUACUUUAUGCUGUGCACAUUUUUGGUCAGUGUGAUUGCAUCUCUCUCUAUCCAAAUACUGUAUAGCAUGAACGCUGAAUAUGGAUUAUUGUAUAAAGAAUUUAGCACCAAGGGCUUGACAUGAAUCUGAUAACUGACAACAUUCCCAAGUGGAACUGUAUAAGCAGUCACAGAAGAAAUUCACUGUAUGUGAUGUCACUGUAAAGUGAUGUCAUAUACAUUAUGUACCAACGUUUAGAUAUAGUGACAUACUCAUUUUAAAAAUCAUAGUGACAUACUCAUUUUAAAAAUCAUAGUGACAUACUCAUUUAAAAAAUCAUAGUGACAUACUCAUUUUAAAAAUCUUGCUACCUUGAGUAGCACAAAGUUUUUCUAUUUUUGGAUCUAAAAUUCUAUUAAUAAUGUGCAUUUCCAUUCAAACAUACAAAGUACCCAUGUAUAUGCUUAAGUGGAAAGGCGCAACCUUGAUAAAGAAAACAAGGAAGUGGUCAGAUUAAAAUCCUUUGGAUUGCAAGCCCAUAGAUAACAUGGUCGUCCUAUAUCCCCCACGGGCGUAGGCUGGGUGAUGAGAGGGGCGCAACCCCCAUAAUGGCAAAUUAGUUUUACUAAGUGGGUUAGAAUACUAAAUGUGACCAUUAUGUUUUCAUUGGAAUAGGGAUUUAGUUUUACAUUCUCAAUUUUCAUACCCACCCCCACAGGUGGUUUUGCUUUUGUUGAGAAUAUACAAGUAAUAGCAGCUGGUGGUUUGGUGCCAUUGAAAAUGAAACCACUUUAAACAAAUGUUUCUGUAUUGUUAAACACUUUUUUUUAUAUAUAUAUAAUAUUUUAAGUGUGGUCAUGUGUGAAUCUGUAUCAAUUUUUAUACAGGUCUCCCUAUAAUUAAUGAUCCCUCUAAUUAACAAUCCCUCCAAUUAUAGAUAGACCACUUUUCUUUGGUUCCAAAUUAACAAAGGUCUUUUAUAUUUAUUAUUCUAAUUAGUCACCAAAGCUGCUAAAGAUCAUGGAACCACGGUCCCAAAAGUGGUCUUUAAUUGGUGGGAGACCUGUAUACAAUUGUAAUAAGAAUUUGGAUUUGCUUAAUUAACAGUCUUAGCCUUAUUGCCAAUAAAUUUCUGUUUCUUGCCACUUCCUCUGAAAAAGAUAAACUAAUACCGGAGAUGAGCGACCACAAUUAUAUCAUUAUGAUGAUUGUAAGUUAGUCACAUCAUUUUAAGCACAAAAUCAACGUUAUGCUAGUGUGGUAAUUGACAUUGGAAAAUAAUUUAGUACAUUAAGCUGUAAAUCAAAGUUCAUGAAAAUAUGCAUUUUGGGUAUGUGUUUAAUUUGCUGUAAGCGAUGUGGUUUUUACUGGGCCAGUUGAGUAAAGAAAUUAGGGCCUACUAUUUUAGGAACAGCAAUUACAGUACACCUGUACGAAUUACAUGCAGACAGUUGGUGAGUGUGGAGUUCAUUACCUGUACUCUACUGGGAAGCUUUUUUAUUCUGUCUUUUGUAUACAUAGUGUGAAAUUCAAACAUAUUAUUGCCUUUAAAAAAAAAAUCUAUAUUAAGGUGUUGAUAAUAGUGCCUUACAUUUUUAAAGAAUUCAUAAGAUUUAUUAUGUGGUUUGUAAAUAUCAUAUUGAUAUAUUUUUAAUAUUUUUUGUAAAGUGAUGUUGAACAUAUUGAUUUGAUCUAUAGUAUAUAUGAUAAACAAUGUUGACUCUUUAUGAUUUAUUAUUAUUAGUACAUGUUCGAUCAGGGCUGAAAUUGUGUGAUUGUAUUUAUCAAUUAAGGUUGGUUAAUUUAAAAAAAUUUUUGCCAUUAUUUGAAAUAAGGAUUCUCAUUUAAUCUUUAAUUACUGAGAUAGUAGAUUCCGUGCCUGCUACCCUACACAUUUACAUUUGGACACGUUACCUUUUCAGUUUAUGUUGUUUUUAAUGUUAAACAUUGCGCCCAUUUUAGACUCAUCACAUUGUCUUCCAAUUUUGUAGAUUUCCUAAUGGCUUUGACGAUCCAUAUAUUUGUUUUUUUUCACCAUAGAUCUAAUGAAUAUUUUUAGUUUAAUAUAUUUUUUAAUUUUAUAAUUAACAUUAUAUGGACAUUUUUUGUAUGCAUUUUUUUGGCUACAUAAGAUUAAAAAUAGAUUUAGUUCAGCCUACCAGUGAAUUUGGAGCUUGUUUUAAGUCCAAGUUGCCAUAGAAUACUUGUAUUUAAAACAUAAAGGAAAUGUGGACCGUUCACAAUGUAUUGAUCAAAUCAACUAUUGUACAUUUUUUCAGCAAAUACCAUUAUUUUGAACUAUCAUGGUGCUUUAAAUUACUUUGUAUUCGUUAAAAUUAGAUUUAGUACAUACUAACGUUUGUAAAAAUAUUUUGUGAUAUAAUUAUUGGAAAUAAAAAUCUAUGGCAGUACAGUAA